CUCCUCUCUCGCCGCUCCCGGCCCCGCUCCGCCCCCGGAGUCCGAUGGCGGCGGCCGCGCGGAGGGAGCCGGCUCAGGGCUGUGUGACCUUUGAAGAUGUGGCCAUUUACUUCUCCCAGGAGGAGUGGAGGCUCCUUGAUGAGGCUCAGAGGAUCUUGUACCAUGAUGUGAUGCUGGAGAACUUUGUACUUACAACAUCCUUGGAUUGUUGGUAUGGAGCUGAGGAUGAGGAGGUACUUUCUGAGCAGAGCAUUUCUGUAGAAGGAGUGUCACAGGUCAGGACUUCUAAGGCAGGUCCAUCGACCCAGAAGAUUCACCCCUGUGAAAAGUGUGUGCCAGUGUUGAAAGACAUUUUGCACCUCACUGAGCUCCAAGCAACAUAUUCUGGGCAGAAACCAUAUUUGGGUGGGGCAUCCAGAGGCUUCUGGUUUAGUGCAAACCUUCAGCAGCACCAAAAGCAUGACAGUAGAGAGAAAAUCUUCAAAAUGGACAUGGAGCAGGCCUCGUUUGUGAUAAGCUGCAGAUUCCACAUGUUAGGGAAGCCCUUUACCUCUGGGGAGGGUGGAAAGAACUUUCUAGCUACCUCAGACCUUCUCCAGCAGCAGGCCAUUCCUGAUGGUGAGAAGCCACAUGGGAACCUUGAGCAUGGGGAGCCCUUCAACAGUGGAAAAAGUCAUGACAAGUGGAUUGAAUGCAGGAAAGUUUUCAACAACAUGGAUACACUUCCCCACCAGAGAGUCUGCACUGAAGGUCUUAACACAUGUAACAAAUGUGGGAAAUCCUUCAGCUGCAAAUACACACUUGUUCAGCACCAGCAAAUUCACACUGGGGAAAGGUAUUAUGAGUGUGGUGAAUGUGGGAAAUAUUUUACCACUAGCUCCACCCUCCAUCAUCAUCAGAGAGUUCACACAGGAGAGAGGCCUUAUGAGUGCACUGAAUGUAGAAAAUCAUUUACCUAUAAAUCCCACCUGAUUCGACACCAGAGAGUUCACACAGGAGUAAGGCCUUAUGAGUGCAUUGAAUGUGGGAAAUCCUUUAGCCAGAAAUCUAUCCUCAUUCAACACCAAAGAGUUCACACUGGAGAAAGGCCUUAUGACUGCAGUGCAUGUGGGAAAUACUUUAGCCAGAAAUCUGCCCUUGUUCAUCACCAAAGAGUUCACACCGGAGAAAGGCCUUAUGAGUGCAGUGAAUGUGGGAAAGCUUUUACCUUUAGCUCCAGGCUCCGUUAUCAUCAGAGGGUUCACACUGGAGAAAGGCCUUAUGAGUGCAGUGAAUGUGGGAAAGCUUUUACCUUUAGCUUCAGGCUCCGUGAUCAUCAGAGAGUUCACACUGAAGGAGGGCCUUACGAGUGCAUUGAAUGUGGCAAAUCUUUUAGUGCGAAAUCUGUCUUCAUUCAACAUCAAAGAGUUCACACUGGAGAAAGGCCUUAUGAAUGCAGUGAAUGUGGGAAAUCCUUUAGCCAAAGCUCAGGCCUCCUUCUACACAAAAGAGCUCACACUAGAGCAAGGCUUUAUGAGUGCACUGAGUGUGGGAAAGCUUUUGGAUGUAAAUCCAAACUUGUUCAGCACCAGAGAGUUCACACUGGAGUAAGGCCUUAUGAGUGCAUUGAAUGUGGCAAAUCUUUUAGUGUGAAAUUUGUCCUCAUUCAACACCAAAGAGUUCACACUGGAGAAAGACCUUAUGAGUGCAGUGAAUGCGGGAAAUCCUUUAGUCAGAAAUCUGUCCUCAUUCAACACCAAAGAAUUCACACUGGAGAAAGGCCUUAUGAUUGCAGUGAAUGUUGGAAAUCCUUUAGCCGCAAAGCCCAGCUUAUUCAACAUCGAACAGUUCACACUGGAGCAAGGCCUCAUGAGUGCAAUGAGUGUGGGAAAUCCUUCAGCCAGAGAUCUGGCCUUGUUCGGCAUAGGAGAGCUCAUGUGCACUGAAUGUUUGAAAUCCUUUGCUGCAAAUCUGACCUCACUCAACACCUAAGUUCACACUGGGAAAAGGCUUUAGCUAUGUAGAGAAUAUGCUCUUUCCUUAGUUAGAAUAACGGUGUUAGAGGAAAGGCUCUGUGAGGAGCCAUCUGCCUGAAAUGAAUCUUGUAUAUCCAGAUAUCCACAGACUGGAGACUCCAUAUAAGUUUCAGUUGUGUGGGAAGCAUGUGUAACCUGCCUGGGGUUCUUGUCAGAUUUGUAUCACUGCCAGUUUCACCUCUGGCAGAAGCCAUUUCACCUCAAUCACCUGGCAGGUCCACACAGUGUGCAUUAGUAACCACCCUAGUAUGCU